AUCAUGAAAAAAAAAUUGAAUUUGAUAAUAUGCGACGAUAUGCAACACACGUUACAACAUAUUUUAAAUUUUUAUAUGCUAAAAUGGAGGCAAAAAUAACUUUCUCUAGCUUUUUUAUCGGAAAUUAGAAACAUAGAAUUAAAUUUAUAAAACUAAUUGAUUUUAAAUAUAAAUAUUUUAUUUUUUAACAUAGUUGCUUGGUGAUUAUUGAUAGUCAAUUGUUUAAGGGUGCCAUUUUGCUUUCACUCCGCUCUCUCUACGUCCUCCCCAGUUGCUCCCAGAUACAUCUUCAGAAAUGGAUUCGAAUUCAGAUAACGAUAUUUACAUGAUCCACAAACUUGUUGGCACGCAAGUCGAAAGCACAAUAAGAUUUGAAAUCGACAAUGAAAGCGAUCAAGUUUUGUCGGUCACAAUGAUAGAUCCAAAGUCGUUGGGCCUAAAACUAACGAUGGACGAGAACGGAAAUCCCAAACUCGAAGACGACGAGGAAGACGAGGGCGACGACUAUCUGUGCGUUUGGAUCGAGGGCCCCGCCGCCAUCGAAUUGCCAGAAAAGCUGGACUACCCCGUAAUGACGCGCUGCCAGAACUGCGACGUGAACUUCGCCACCAAGUACCAGUACCAGCGUCACCAGUGCGAUUUCAAGCCGGAAAAGGCGGUCCUCAAGACUCCGGUCAAGGCGGAGCCGAAGGAGAACAAGUACGAGUGCGACAAGUGCCACAAACAGUUCGUGCUGGCCAAGAACUACGAGCGGCACGUGGCUGCGCACGAAAACGACAACGAGUACAUAUGCGGCAACUGCGACAAGCGUUUCGUCAACGAGAAUCGGCUGCGCAUCCACCGCGACAACCACUGCAAGAAGGCGGACAUACUGCCCAAGUUCUAUCGCAGCGACAUGACCGUAUGGCAGUGCGGACACUGUCACGAGCUGUUCUCGUCGCCGGUGAUUGCCGACCUCCACUUGACCGUAUGCAAGCGCGACAAUGACCGUGCCACGGACACGGCGCCGCCCGGCGAAGCCGUCGUGCCCGUCGUGGCCGACGUACAAAAAAUCCUGACCGAAAUCCUGCUGCAGUGCCAGUACUGCAACCGCACGUACUCCGAUAAAUCGGUGCUGAUGCGCCACCAGAGCACCCACACGACCGACAAGAACUACGAGUGCAAGAGCUGCGGCGCCGUGUUCGACUCGUACGUGGCGGCCGCCCAGCACUGGCUCAGGCCGUGCGUCGAGACGGCGAACGUGUUUUAUCUGGCCCGGAUGAUAUGCUGCGAGAAGUGUGAGCGCACGUUCAAGUCGCACGAGCUGUUGUACAUACACAAGGUGAAGCAGAAGCAUUUCGUGCCCAAGAUCCACGUGGAUAAGGGGUCCGACGAUUUGGUGAAGGUGAAGGAGGAGCCGCCAAGUAGCGACGAAGAGCAAGCGUCCCCACCUGGAGAAGAGGUGGCCUUGCCUGACGGAGUGACGGUUAAGAAGGAGCCGGGAGUCAAGGAGGAGCCGAAGAAGAAAAAGCGGGGACGCAAAAAGAAGGUGACUAGGGGGCCGAAGAAGUCGCAAUGUCCGGAGGCGGCCAACGGAUUUGGGUAUCAGUGCGAGAAGUGCGGCAAGGUGUUCAAGUCGGUCCAGCUUAUGGACAUGCACCGGGAGAAGGAGCACAACGACAAUGUUACUUGUCAGGAAUGCGGAGAAGUUUUGACAAGCGCCGCUGCACUGACAAUUCACAGCAGGAUUCACAAGAAGUUGAAGCCCUACAUUUGCGACACGUGUGGACGCAGCUACUCACAAACCUCUCACCUAUGGCAGCACAUGCGUUUCCAUCAGGGCAUUAAACCGUUUGCUUGCCCGUACGAGAACUGCGAGGCCCGUUACACCAUACGUCCGGACUUGAAGGACCACAUCAGGAAGGUGCACACCAGAGAACGGCCGUUCAAGUGUAACGUGUGCAACAAAAGUUUCCUAACUGGGUCGGUGUUUUACCAGCACAGAUUGAUCCACACCAACGACAGACGCUACGGCUGCGACGUGUGCGAAAAGCGGUUCUUCCGGGCGGACGCCCUCAAUAACCACAAGAGGAUUCACACGGAUGAAAAGCCGUACGUUUGUACGGCUUGUGGAAAAGCGUUUAGGCAAAAGGGGGACAGAAACAAGCAUUUCCGCACCCAACAUGGUUAAUGGUUGUCUUCGUUAUGUUUAUUUAUUUAGUUUUGAAUUUACUUGAUGUUUGAUUGGAAUUACUUGAAUGUUUAAUUGUAAUCCAAGGCAAAUUUUCAAUUGUUCUUCCAGUUUGUAUUUCAUGUACUCCAUUUGGGUUACCUUCCAAAUGGUCUUUACUGUUGUUCAUCGAAUUUAAACUAGAUAAUUGUGUUUUGUAUUAGUGAUAGCUCAUAGAAUAUUUCAUAUUUUUAUGUGUUAUAUUUCUGUAUUUAAUAAUGUCCCGUGAAGUUCAUUUAACAAUGAACAUUGUUUUAUUUGUUUUAAUAAAAUUUGUUAGUUUCAA